AUGUUAAAUUAAGAUGGAUAUUUGAACAUUUAAUCAUUUCAGAAUCAAAUUCCUUAACCAAUUAAUCUAACUGAUGAAAGUAUAACUCUAGAGAAUGAUAUGUUAUUUGGUUGGGCACCAAAGUUUGAUUAUUCUAAAUUGCUUACACUUAAUUUUAACAUUAACUUGAAUGAUCAAAUUAUUUCAGAUGCUUUAUAAAACAAUACACUUAUUUAUGUUGGAUUUAGACCAUAAAAUAAUGUUUAAAUGCAUAAAUAAUAUUCCAAUAUCUCAUCUUAUCCAUUUAAACGAAUUAAUAAUAAUAUCUAAAUCAAACCUUAAUUUCCAUUUCUUGGAAUGAAUCCUAAUCGUAUAAGUAGAAUUUAAUUCAAUUCCAUUUUUGAGAGUGGCAAUUUAGAUUUAGUUACUUAGGUCUCAGAAUUUGAAUAUGAUUUAUAUAUGAGAGUUGAUUCUAAUACUUAAGGACAUACAUCUUGGUAUUAUUUUGAAUUAAAUGGAAUGAAAUUAGGAGAAAAAAUAUAAUUAAAUAUUUGUAACUUUAGAAAAUCUCAUAGUCUUUAUGAAAGAGGAAUGAGACCUUACAUAUGGCGAUCAAAUAAUGAACAAUGGUUACAAGGAGGAGAUGAUGUUAAAUAUAAAACAUCAAAAAAUAAUAAUAAUAAUUGUUUAAGUUUUAGUAUUUAUUGCAAUAAAGAUAAUGAACUCAUAAAGAUUGCCUAUUGUGUUCCAUAUACAUAUUCUUAAUUAUUAGAGUAUUGCAAUGAUCUACAGAAAAAAUGUAAUCAUGUAAAACGUUAAUUAUUUUGUGAAUCUAUAGGCGGGGUUUCAUUGCCUAUAUUAACUUUUCAAAAAGGAAAGAGUACAUAUAAAAAAUGCUUAAUUAUUUAAGCACGUAUUCAUCCUGGUGAAUCAAAUGGUUCAUGGGUUAUGCAAGGUUUAAUGGAUUAUUUAUCAAGUUAAUCAGCACUCUAACUUUUUGAGAAGUAUAAAAAAAUAAUAAAAACUAGAUGUGUUAUUAAAAUUAUACCUAUGAUGAAUCCUGAUGGAGUUAUUCUAGGCAAUUAUAGAACUUGUCUAUCAGGAAAAGAUUUAAAUAGAAAAUUUUAAUAGAAUGAUACAAUUCUAUUCCCUUCUGUUUAAGCCAUGAAAAUAUUAGUUAAGGAAUAAUAUAAAAAGUUUAAAAAUAAUUUAAUUGCCUUUAUAGAUUUACAUGGACAUUCUAGUAUGAAUAACAUAUAAAACUAGUCAAAAAGAAUGUGUUUUUGUAUGGUCCAGAAUACACUCUCUGGAAUUAUAAUUAUUAUAAAUGUCGAAUUCUACCAAAAUUACUUAGCUAAAAAACUGAUAUGUUUAGAUUUUAUUCAUCAAUAUUCAGAAUUACUUAAUCUAAAUAAACUACAGCUCGUGGAGUAUUUGCUAAUUUAUAUGAUAUAGUAAAUUGUUUUACAAUAGAAACAUCAAAUGGUAAUUAUUACAAUUAAACCUAAACAUUUGAUUUUACAGUUAAAAAUUGGUUGAGAAUGGGUUGGAUUAUAGGAGAAACUUUAAUUGAGAUGAUUGAUAUUCAGAGUGAAAUGGAUUAAAUUUAUAAUAUCAAAAAUGAUGAUCUAAAAAGAUAAAAUAGAUUUGCUAAAAAUAAUAAUACUUUUCUUAAAAAAAAAACUAUUCUUGAUAACUGUUAAAUAUCAUUUUAAAAUACAAAAUUUUAAAAGUUAAUUGAAGAAUUAAAAAUAGAUGAAGAAAAAAUGGAUCUAUCAUAUAGUGAAGGAAACUCAGAUUCCUCUGAUGGAGAUCAGUUGGAAGAAGAUUUCAAUUAAAAUAAAUCAGAAGAAAUUAUAUAAUCUAAAUCUAUACAAUCAAAACCAUUAAUAUUGUAUUAAAGUUAAAAAUCAAAAUUAGAAUCAAAAUGUAGUUCUAGUAAUUAAAAAUCAUUAUUACGAUAAACCCUAUUUUUAUCUGUAGAGCACAACAAAAAUAAAGUCAAUCAACCAGCAGCUUAAAAAAAUAUUUUGAAGAAGAUAUCAUCACUUUCAUAAAAAAAAAAAUAAAAUAAACUUACAAAUUAUAUUAACCAAUUUAUGAAUAAAUAAAAAUUUACUACGAUAGAUCUUCUCGAUAGUUCAAAUAUGAAUUCACUUAUGCGAUAGACUAUUCAUGCUAUAAUACCUCGACCGUCUUCCUCUUAAUUGGAAGUGGUAUAAGAUGAAAAAUUUACUCCAAUUGAAGGACUGAAUUAAAGUCUUUAUGUCGAUUUUUAACGUCAUUAAAGAUUAGAGAAUAAUUUGACAGCAAAAUAAUAAAGUCAGAAGAGAUAAAUCAAAAAAAACUAAAGUUAAUCACCUACUCAAAUCACUACAAAUAUUUAUAAUGUGAUUAUGAAUAAUACUCAAAAUAAUUUUGAAUCUAUCAAAUUUAAAUUAAAGGAUAAUCACUAAUAAAAACCAACAAAAUUUUAAAAUUCUUAUAAUACUAAUAGGCCUACUAUUCCAUCUUCAUUUUAUUCUGUCAGAAGAUAUGUGAUGUAGAAACUCAAAAAUUGA